AUGCCGUUACCGUGCAAGUGUGCAAAAGCCUUCAAAGUUUUCGAUUUCCUUACCACUCUUAGGUAUUUUUCUAAAUUGUUUUCAGAAAAUUUUGAAGUUUGAUACUUCUCAGUCUGUUUUAUAACAGUAGCGAACGUAUUUUGAAUGCUUGCUCCGUGUUUUCUACGUUUUUAGGUUAAUUACAAUUGUUCUUAUUUGAAAUUUGUUUCAGGGGUAACUAUGGCUUCGCGUUCGUUGGCCUCUAUCAGCCGCCAGGCUUCACGUCUUCUGCAAAGCAACGUUCAGAAGUGUGCUCUCCCGGCCGCUUCCAGUGAGUUUGUAUCAAUUUUUAGAUUUGUUACUUAGGCGCGCGUUUUACAGUCCGUCUGAGCUCGAGCUCUGUCGAGUCUAAGAAGGGAAUCCACACUGGAGUUGCCACUCAGCAAGCUGCUGCUGCCACCAAGGUAUUUUUAUUGCUAAAGUGCAUUCCCAAUAGAUAUUUUUUAGGUCUCCGCCAAGGCCACCGCUGCUAACGCUUCCGGACGCAUUGUCGCUGUCAUCGGAGCCGUCGUCGACGUUCAGUUCGACGAGAACCUUCCACCAAUCCUCAACGGUCUCGAGGUUAUCGGCCGAUCCCCAAGACUCAUCCUUGAAGUCUCUCAGCAUCUUGGUUAGAUCAUUCGUUGCCGUUCUUUUUUCAUUCAAAUCGUUUGCAGGAGACAAUGUCGUCAGAUGCAUUGCUAUGGACGGAACUGAGGGACUUGUCCGUGGACAGCCAGUUGCCGACACCGGAGAUCCGAUCAAGAUCCCAGUCGGACCAGAGACUCUUGGCCGUAUCAUGAACGUCAUUGGAGAGCCAAUUGACGAGAGAGGACCAAUCCCAUCCAAGAACUUCGCCGCUAUCCACGCUGAGGCUCCAGAGUUCGUCGAAAUGUCCGUCGAGCAAGAGAUUCUUGUCACCGGAAUCAAGGUCGUCGAUCUCCUCGCCCCAUACGCCAAGGGAGGAAAGAUUGGACUUUUCGGAGGAGCUGGAGUCGGAAAGACUGUGCUUAUCAUGGAGCUCAUCAACAACGUCGCUAAGGCUCACGGAGGUUACUCUGUGUUCGCCGGAGUCGGAGAGCGCACCCGUGAAGGAAACGAUCUCUACCACGAAAUGAUUGAGGGAGGAGUCAUCGAUCUCAAGGUUUGUUGACAACAACUUGGACAGAUGGAGUGUAAUCAAGCAUCUAUUUACAGGGAAAGAACUCUAAGGUGUCUCUUGUGUACGGACAGAUGAACGAGCCGCCAGGUGCCCGUGCUCGUGUGUGCCUCACCGGACUCACCGUCGCCGAGUACUUCCGUGAUCAGGAGGGACAGGAUGUGCUUCUUUUCAUCGACAACAUCUUCCGUUUCACCCAGGCCGGAUCUGAGGUGUCCGCUCUUCUCGGACGUAUUCCAUCUGCUGUCGGAUACCAACCAACCCUUGCCACUGACAUGGGUGGUAUGCAAGAGAGAAUUACCACCACCAAGAAGGGAUCCAUCACCUCCGUCCAGGCUAUCUACGUGCCAGCUGACGAUUUGACUGAUCCAGCUCCAGCUACCACCUUCGCUCACUUGGACGCCACCACUGUGUUGUCCCGUGGUAUUGCCGAAUUGGCUAUCUACCCAGCUGUCGACCCACUCGACUCUACCUCCCGUAUUAUGGACCCCAACAUCGUCGGACAGAUCCACUACGACAUUGCUCGUGGAGUUCAGAAGAUCCUCCAGGACUACAAGUCCCUCCAGGAUAUCAUUGCUAUCCUCGGAAUGGACGAGUUGUCUGAGGAAGACAAGCUGACUGUCUCUCGUGCCCGCAAGAUCCAACGUUUCCUUUCCCAACCAUUCCAAGUCGCCGAGGUGUUCACUGGUCAUCAAGGAAAGUUCGUUUCGCUCGAGGAGACAAUUCGCGGAUUCACCAUGAUUCUCAAGGGUAAGAAACUAAGCAUCUCUCACAUCAUUUAUAAAUAAUUUUGUUUACAGGAGAGCUCGACCAUCUUCCGGAGGUUGCUUUCUACAUGCAAGGAGGAAUCGAUGACGUGUUCAAGAAGGCUGAGGAGCUCGCCAAGCAGCACAGCUGA